AUGGAGUGUUCGCAUUACAUGAAGAACUUUGAACUGUCUGAAGAGCACAUCCCAUUGAGACUAGCUCGUUCAAAAGCUCUUCUCAACACAAUUGAUCGUAACUUUGGAACUUUGGCGUUCUGUCGGCGGUGGGUUGACAGACUGGGCGAGAACAAAUACCUCAUGGCGUUGAAGGACUUGUGCGAUAAGGGCAUUGUUGACCCAUACCCACCGUUGUGUGAUGUGAAAGGAUGCUAUACGGCUCAGUGGGAGCAUACGUUGGUGUUGCGUCCGACAUGCAAAGAAGUUCUGUCAAGAGGAGAUGAUUAUUAG